UGUUGUGUGUUUGUGUGUGUGUUUUGCAGAGGUGAAGGACUACGAGCCUGCGUACGGCUCUAAAGUGCGAGAGCACCCCUGUGUGGAGAGCAUGAAGGACAACGUGCUGAGAGACAGAGGCAGACCUGAGAUCCCCGACAGCUGGCUCAGGCAUCAGGGUGUGGCAGUGGUCUGUGCCACCAUCAUGGAGUGCUGGGAUCAUGACCCCGAGGCCCGACUCACCGCCCACUGCGUCGCUGAACGCAUCACAGAGUUGGAGGACGAGAUGGACAAACUGUCCAACCGCAGCUCCUCAGAGGAGAAGAUCCCCGACGAGCAGAAGAUCCCGACGGACGUGGAGAUCCCAGAGAUGGUGAAAAUCACAGAAAUACAGGACAUCAUAGCCGUGGACUGCUCUGUCAGCGACGAGAAGUGAGAGGAAGCUCUGCGUACAUGGAUUUAUCACCAAGGGCACUUAUUUUACUUCUAUGGGAUUGAAGAGAGAAAUCUCAUCCGUGAUUUCCAGGAGCUGAGCUCCUGAAUCGCAGGGUUUUUAAGUUUUGGUUACAGUGUCAUUUAUUAUUCUCACCCAGCAAAGAGGGUCUCUGGGUUUUGCUUGUGGACUUAAUUGCUUCUAUAUUGUAACUACUUGCCUUAAUCAGCUGAAAAGCUAAAGAGCCAAAAAGCCAAAGUUAACUGGAAGCUUCCAAAGAUGUGCAGAGCAUGGAGACAGUAUUUUUUUUUAACAGUCAGACAGGCUUCUCUCUUGUUACGAGAAACAAAACAGGGCAAUAACUGUUAAACCAAAGACAUUGGAUGUGCACUUUACCAAAUGAGCAUUACAGAUAUGAGUCUGUUUCUAUUGUCAUGUAUUCUGACACGUUGGAGUCGAAGGGAGUUUUCUCCGAGAAGUGUCCUUAUGUGUUUGACUUGAGCCAGCAGUGAUGUGCCUAAUGAAGCUGUGGGCUCUUUACCCAGCAACAGGAAUCCAAAGGAAAAUGUGUGUGUGUGUGUGUGUGUGUGUGUGUGUGUGUGUGUGUGUGUGUUUGUAUACGUGUGACAGUGUGUGUAAAAGGUGUGUUCAGACUAAAAGCGUUGUAGGUUUUUCAUGGGGCACGAUUACAUACAGAGGAACUCACAAAAAAAACAGACAAAUCCUGUUGAGUUGACACGAGGUCAUGCUGCAAUGUGACUAGAAAAAAUUAUCAGCCAUGAGAUUGUGCUGACAGAGACCCCCCCCGUCCUGUUUCACCAGCAGGGACAGAGUUGGCAGUAGAUGAGUGUAAGCCAAUAAACAAAACAAAAAAACAAUAUUCUGCAAUCAAUUUAAAUUUUGCCUGUUUGCCAAAGAAAAAAAAAAUGGUUUGGAAGGUCUGUUGGUUCUCUUUCAGUCGUUCUCUCAGAGACAUCACUUUGUAAGCGUCACUGAGACUGUCUCUCCUUCCCGUCGUGAUGUCAGGGCUAACGGUUGGACAGGAAGGAGAUCCCUAAAAAAAAAAAACAUGUAUGAAACAUGUUUGAGCAUAAACAGGCUCCUGCCCAUGUGAACAGAAAGCUGAGAACAACAAAUCCAGGGGGAAGUUAUUACUCCACAAUAUAUUAAGAUCGAGCAUAUUAGAUUUCUGCAUCUUCAGAAUGUCCCAUAAUUGUUCCUUUAAACCUCAUCAACUCUAUACAGUUUGGGUUGUUGCAGUGUGACUUUACUGCACAUAAUGAAAGUUCAACCCAUGGGAAACAGUAGAUGGGCACUCCACAGCUGAACACGUGCAGUUAAUGUUUAUUUGAAAAAUCCUGGUAAUAAGCAGAGACUGACUUACCGAAAAGGACGUCAAAUUGGUCAACCUUAAGUGGCUCAUCCAGACACAGUUCUUGUGUAACAAAGCCAGUCAUGACCAUCUUGUAAGGGCCAAAGUGAUUGGGUCGUGUUUCUCGAUUCUGCAGUCAAACUCUCACAGGUGACAUAAAGCAAACAACCUCUUCUCUUUUGGUCUGAACACAGUGAAGCGUGUGUUUUUUUAUUACCCAGCUAUACUUAAAAACCUUGUUUGCCAGAAAAGGCGAGCACAAUGUAAAUAAGACAAUAACUGUAAAUAAGAGAGAAAUCAGCCAAAAAAGGGAAAGACUUCUUCCUCCUUGGUUUCUUUGAAUUCAGAGAUGAAAAGUCCUCAUGGAGAUGUAUUAUAAAGCCAUUUUCUAUGUUUUCUGUCUAUAUCAACAGGAGUGUGCCAAAGAUAUUAUAUCCUGCCUUCAAUACGGUUUGUGUCAUAUGUAAAAUAGUGUAAAUCUUUUAUGAAUUAAAGAUAUUUCUGUAUACUGAG